AUGUUGAGAUAAGAAAAGUUUGAGAAUACUAAAUUAAAGUCUUGUUUGAAAUCCUGUGUUGACGAUGAAUAAAGAUUUGAAGAAUAAAAUUAAAGAAUUAAGGAGGAGAACACAUCUUUAAGAAAUAGGAUAUGUGAACAUUAGGAGGAGAUCAAAUAGUUGAAUGAAAAGAUUUAGAAUUGUUAGGAUGGAGCCUUGGCCUCACAAUUAAUUUCCUUAUUAAUUAAGUUUUUCGAAUCUUUACAAAAAGAGAAUAAGUAAGAAAUACAAGUGUAUUAUCAAAGCUUAGUGAGUCUUUGUAGUAUUGAAUAUAAUGAAUUAGUUAUAAACAAGUUGUUUCAGAGUGCAGAAAAGAAAAGUCAAGGGGUUUUCGGAAUAUUUAGAAGAGAUAAGACUAAAGAAAAGUGA